AUGCCUGCUCAAAAUAAAAAUGAUGGAGGAUGGAAGAAGUCUGUGUGGAAUUCCGAUACGAGGGAGUUUCUCGGACGCACCGGUGGUAGUUGGGCAAAAAUCCUGCUGUUCUAUGUCAUAUUUUAUGCCUUCCUGGCUGGAAUCUUCAUUGGCACCAUCCAGGCACUUCUUCUCACCCUGAGUAGCUACAAACCCACCUGGCAGGACAGAGUUACUCCUCCAGGCCUUACCCACUCCCCUCAGUCAGAUAAAACAGGGAUUUUCUUCACUGUGAAUGAUCCAACUACAUAUUUGAAAUCCAUAAAGUCCAUGAAAGAGUUCCUGGAGGCUUAUGAUGUUGAAUCCCAGCGUGACCAACUGAAGUUUGAGGACUGUGGAGAGCAACCUGAGACCUAUAAGCACAGGGGAGAUCUGGAGAGUGAAAUAGGUAUUAGGAAGGCAUGUCGGUUCCCAAAGUCUAUUCUUGGACCUUGCUCAGGCAUUGAGGAUCAGAAUUUUGGCUUCACUGAGGGAAGACCCUGUCUGAUUGUCAAACUCAAUAGGAUUGUGAAUUUUAGACCAAAGCCCCCACAGUCCAACGAGAGUAUCCCAGAAGAGGUCAAGUCCAAAGUCCAACCUAAUUUGAUACCUCUCCACUGUACAACUAAGAAAAAAGAAGAAGAAGAUUUGCUUGGGCAAGUAGCAUACUAUGGCAUUGGAGGAGGCUUCCCUCUCCAGUAUUAUCCUUACUAUGGCAAGCUCCUGCACCCACACUACCUACAGCCUUUGGUGGCCAUUCAGUUUAUAAACAUAACCAUGAACCAAGAGAUACGUGUUGAGUGCAGAGUGUAUGGUGAGAACAUACCCUACAGUGACAAGGAUCGCUACCAGGGACGUUUUGAAGUUAAAAUGAAGGUAAACCUUUUUUGACCUCCAUUAUGAGCACAGCAUCAUAAAUCACUCCCUGUUUUAAGGCAAAGUAAGAAGCAUCUUUUGACUUGAGAUAUGCAGCUACCAGACACAACUUCCCCACUGAUCUUUCACAGUCUCACUGAGAGAAAGCAUUUAACAAUAAACAGAUAUCUCAAAAGUGCCCUAAGAUACGUUAGCAGAGGCUUAAAAAGUUAAAAUAAUUAGUCCGUAUUGAACCAUAAUGUGGGACAUAAUGUCUUCUGCUUCAAUGAAAGAUAUUCUGCUUCUGUAUAGAAUUAGAAUGCAAAUGCUUGAAGGACUAGCCAUAGCAUAUUAGAUUAUUCUAAUAACAGUCUAUUGUAAAACUAGACUAUUCUGAAAAUAAAAAUAAAAAGAUUACCUAAGUGACGUUUAGUCUACUCUCAAUGUAAUCAAUACGGUUUAUCACCCUAUUCCUGUAUUGCCACUUUGUGUGGCUUUCUUCCAUUAUAAAAGUGCAUGAUAUUUGCAUAAGUAGGUUGUUUCAAACCAAGCCAAAUCUGGUCUAGCUUUGUUAACUGUGCAAUUACAAAUUUGUUCUUAUUCAUUGUCAACAUGUAAACACUGUACUGUUUGCUUUUGCUAUUUUAAAUGCACUUUACGCUUCUAUUUUCUUUGAAAUUACAGUUGAUGGGAAUAAUGAUUUUUAUUUUAGAUAAUUUUUUUUAUUUUGUCACCGAAUGUAUGUAAAUAUUGCUUUUAAAUGUAAUACUCUUUAAUCUGUGUUGGACAAACUGAGGAUUGUUUUUUUUAAACAAGAAAAACAAGAUCUUAGGAAUGUGUGUGUGUGUGUGUGUUUGUGUGUGUGUGU